ACUGCCCGCCCUUUUUUUCGUGACUUUUCCGUCCAUUUCAGUUCACCGUCACUACCGCCAUUCUUUUUAACUGUGACAACAUGGCUACCGCAGCGGGCCGUUACUACAGCGAAGACGGCAGGGCAACUAAACGGCAGAAAACUGACGGAAUGGCCACGGGAUACGAGGAUCCCCAUAAGACCCUUCCUUCUGUGGUGGUUCACGUUCGUGGCUUGAUGGAUGGCGUUACAGAGGCUGACAUUGUGGAGGCUUUGCAAGAAUUUGGAGCAAUCAGUUAUGUGGUUGUAAUGCCAAACAAGCGUCAGGCGCUGGUGGAGUAUGAAGACAUGAACGGAUCCUCCACAGCUGUAACUUAUGCUGCAGACAACCAAGUGUACAUCGCUGGCCACCCAGCUUUUAUCAAUUAUUCCACCAGCAAGAAGAUUUCAAGGCCAGGAGACUCGGACGACUCCAGAAGUGUUAACAAUGUUCUGCUCUUCACCAUCAUGAACCCCAUCUACCCCAUCACCACGGAUGUUCUCUACACGAUUUGCAACAAUUGUGGGCCUGUGCAGCGAAUCGUCAUCUUCAGGAAGAACGGGGUCCAAUCCAUGGUUGAAUUUGACUCUGUGCAGAGUGCACAGCGAGCCAAGGCAUCACUUAACGGAGCAGACAUCUACUCUGGCUGCUGCACUCUAAAGAUUGAGUAUGCUAAGCCAACUCGUCUGAAUGUCUUCAAGAAUGAUCAAGACACGUGGGACUACACAAACCCCAAUCUGGGGGUGCAAGAUGGAGAUGCAGAUGGCAAUGGGAGCAAUUCAGAAGAUGUGAGCACGAACCCAAACAAACGACAGAGACAGCCUGCCCUACUGGGAGAUCAUCCUCCUGAGUACGGGGGUGGUUACCAUGGCUACGACGAUAGUUAUGGAUCCCCACCCUAUGAAGGACGUCGGAUGGGUCCACCAAUGAGAGGACGUGGAGGAAGAAGCUAUGGACCAGGGUACGGACCUCCUCCUCCACCCCCCGGCGAGUACGGCGCCCACUCUGAUUCUCCAGUUGUGAUGGUUUAUGGCCUGGACCCUGUGAAGAUGAACGCUGAUCGUGUCUUCAAUAUCUUCUGUCUCUAUGGGAACGUGGAAAGGGUUAAGUUCAUGAAAAGUAAACCCGGAGCUGCCAUGGUGGAAAUGGGAGACUGCUAUGCGGUGGAUCGGGCCAUUACUCACCUCAACAACAAUUUUCUGUUUGGGCAGAAACUGAACGUUUGUGUGUCCAAGCAGCAAGCUAUUGUUCCUGGCCAGUGCUACGAGCUGGAGGAUGGCACCAGCAGCUUCAAAGAUUUCCACGACUCCAGGAACAACCGGUUCACCUCUCCAGAACAGGCAGCCAAGAACCGCAUCCAGCACCCGAGCAACGUGUUGCAUUUCUUCAACGCUCAGCCAGAUGCUUCUCCAGAGAUUUUCUCUCAGAUUUGUGAAGAGAUCGGUGUGAAGAGCCCUGUUAGUGUCAAGAUGUUCACAGGGAAAAGUGCCGCAGCUCCCAGUGAUCGCAGUGCUUCUGGCCUGUUGGAGUGGGAGUCCAUCAACGACGCCAUGGAAGCUCUGGCUUUGAUCAACCACUACCAGAUGAAGAACCCAGGUGGUCCUUAUCCCUACACACUAAAGCUGUGCUUCUCCACCGCUCAGCAUGCUAACUGAGAGCAUUCGUAGCCAAGGGAGGAUGUGUUCUUGUACUUAUGACUGCUUGCAACAAACCUGCAGCCGUUUGAUUUAAAAUAAUUUAACCGUUGAGGACCCAGUUGAUCUAGAACGUGAAAAAUGUUGUCUUUUUUUUUAUAUAUAUAUUAAACACCAUACAAACAAGUAUUUAAAUUUGAUAUUUGUUGCCCAGAUGUGGUUUAGAUUUCUUUAGUGUGUGUGUUUUCACUAUUAAGUUGUCCUUUUUACUUUUAGUAUUAUAGUUAUUCAGUAACCUGACGUGAUGUAUUAACACAAACUGGUUUUAAUGCUCAGGUGGUUCUAAGUAGCAGUGGACAACAUGGUUUUGUAAAAGUUGACUUUUGGAACUUUUAGUACAACUUUUUUUUUUUGUUUGUUUGUUUUAAUUACGGACGGACUGUUCAUUUUUGUCUCUGAGUGGUACCAGAUGGAGAAUUGUUUUGUUCUAAGAAAAUAAAGAAAAUUAUUUCAGA